CGCUAGCAUUAGCGGCCGGUGUUUGUUGACAGCAACGCCGCUUAAACAUAACUCUACUGUGGUAGUUUUAUCGUGUCGUCGGGGCAAAAUGGCAUCAUCUAACUCAUACAAACUCAGGUGCUCCAUCCCGGGACACGAAAUGGACGUUAGGGGACUCGCAUCUGCCGUUUUUCCAGAUGGAGCCUUCGUGUCUGUGUCCAGAGACCGAACCGGAAGAGUCUGGGUACCAAACUCAAGCCCAGACAAAGGUUUCACAGAGAUACACAGUUUGUCUGGCCACUCCAAUUUUGUAUCCUGUGUAUGUGUCAUUGCACCGAGUGAUACAUACCCUCGCGGACUUAUUGCCACGGGUGGAAAUGACAACAACAUAUGCGUUUUCACAAUGGACCAAUCACAGCCUCUAUUCACUCUCACGGGUCACAGAAGUACAGUUUGCACUCUGUCUUCUGGGAAGUUUGGGACACUUUUGAGCGGCUCGUGGGACAACACAGCCAAAGUCUGGCUCAAUGAGAAGUGCAUGAUGACCUUAGAGGGCCACUCGGCAGCAGUGUGGGCCGUGAUCAUCUUACCUGAACAAGGCCUUAUGUUGUCUGGAUCAGCAGAUAAGACCAUAAAGCUUUGGAAAGCUGGCCGCUGUGAGAAGACGUAUGAAGGUCAUGAGGACUGUGUGAGGGGGCUAGCAGUGAUCAGCGACACGGAGUUCUUCUCUUGCAGCAAUGACGCGAGUAUCAGAAGGUGGCUGGUGACAGGCGAAUGUGUGCAGGUCUACUACAGCCACAACAACUACAUCUACAGCAUGGCUGUCUUCCCCAAUAGUCAAGAUUUCAUAAGCACGGGAGAGGACAGGACUUUGAGGAUAUGGAGACAGGGAGAGUGCUCCCAGACCAUCCGUCUGCCUGCCCAGUCUGUCUGGUGCUGCUGUAUUCUACCUAAUGGCGAUAUAGCCAUCGGGGCCAGUGACGGCAUCAUCCGCGUGUUUACGCCAGCUGAAGACCGCAUGGCGAGUGUAGAAGACCUGCAGGCUUUUGAGGAUGAACUUGCAAAGACCACCAUUGACCCCAAGACGGGCGAUCUUGGAGACAUCAAAAUAGAGGACCUCCCUGGAAGGGAACACCUUAAUGAGCCUGGGAAUCGCGACGGACAGACACGUCUGAUCAAAGAUGGACAGAAGGUGGAGGCAUAUCAGUGGAGCGUCAGCGACGACCGCUGGAUGAAAAUCGGAGAUGUGGUCGGAGGCUCAAACCAACAGACCUCCAAGAGCGUGAUGUACGAAGGAAAGGAAUACGACUACGUCUUCACCAUUGACGUGAACGAGGGAGGGCCGUCCAUGAAGCUGCCUUACAACUUGUCAGAGGACCCCUGGCUGACGGCGCACAACUUCUUGCAGAAGAACGACCUCAGCGCCAUGUUCCUCGACCAGGUUGCCAAUUUUAUUAUAGAGAACACCAAAGGACUUGUGGUGGGACCAGCCCCGCCCACUGGUGGUGACCCAUUCACUGGAGGGGCUCGGUACAUCCCCGGGGCUUCUGAUGAAAGGUCAGGUUUUGGAGGCGAUCCCUUCACAGGCUCCGGUCGCUACAUCCCAGGGUCGGGUCCGAACCCAAGUGCUCGUGGAGGCGUGGCCGAUCCCUUCACAGGAGGAGGUGCCUACAGACAGACGUCAACCAACAUCUACUUCCCCAAGACCGACAGUGUGACCUUUGAGCAAGCCAAUUCCUCGCAGAUCAUUGCUAAGAUAAAGGAGCUGAAUGGAGAUGCACCUCAGGAGCACCGGCUUUCCGAAGAAAUUCUGGAAAGCCUUGAGAGGCUGCUUGUAUCCGUCUCUGAGCCCAACUCUUCCAAGUCUCCCCCAACCAUCCAAGAGAUCAACCUGCUGUGGAAGGCUGCUCACUGGCCCGAAGACAUUGUGUUUCCUGUCCUGGACAUUAUGAGGCUGGCGGUGCGCCAUCCGCAGGUUAACGAGAGCCUCUGUGGAGAGUCGGAGGGAGUCCAGUUGUGCAACCACCUGCUGAGCCUGAUGAGGCCUGAGGGGCGUCCCGCCAACCAGAUGCUGGCACUGCGGACUCUGUGCAACUGCUUCGGAGGCAGUCACGGCCGAGCCCUCCUCCUGGCCCAGCGUGAAGCGGUGCUAUCACGUGCUGCCGACCUGGCCGGCGUCUGCAAUAAGAACAUCCACAUUGCCCUGGCCACUCUUGUGCUUAACUACGCCAGCUGCCUGCACAGCCAACCCGAUCUCGAUGCCAAGGCCCAGUGCCUGUCUGUGGCCAGUAGAGCUCUGGAGACGGUACAAGACAAGGAGGCUGUGUUUAGGCUACUGGUGGCCUUGGGAACCACUGUGGCCUCAGACCAGACAGCCCGAGACCUGGCUCGCUCCCUGGGUGUCAACUCUCAGAUUUCCAAGUUCUCAUCGGUGUCUGAUUCAUCAAAGGUGGCCGAGUGUUGCCAGCUGGUUUUAAAAGAACUACAAUGAUUUGACUGAUUAGAGGGGGAAAAAGGGCCACUUCUUUCUUACUAUCACUCUGUUCAGUUGUGGUGGAGACCUAAAUAAUUGUAUGUUCUGCAAUAAAAAAGGACAAACUAAAUCUCUACAUAUACUUAGCUUGUGUUUUUAUUACUGCACCACCUUUCUAAAGCCCGUGACUAAUUUGUUGGGUAAAUGUGGGCCGAAUGCAUGUAAUAAUGGCUUAUAAAUGUGUAUGUGUGUGAUUUGCUACUGCCAUUUAACACUUUGACUUGAAGAAAUAAUACCUGAAUAAAGUACUAUUACAGAGCAAGUGAAAUGCAAAUUGUAACUGGGGAAAAACAGCUUUGGUGAGGGACGUGGAUAUUGUGAUGAUUAAAUGUCCUCACGGGUUAACGCUUCUUAAUUUCUUAUUAAAUUAACCAACUGCUAACCUAUACACUACUUAUUUGGGAUAAGAGCUCUAUUUGCAAUGCUACACAAAAUUUUCACAGUUUGUAACUGUUCUUUCAGUGGUU